AUGGCAAGCGGCACAGAAACUAUAUGCUACGGUCUCACAGACUUCCAUGAACUUUGGGCUGUUCCAAUCGAACUAGCGAUUGCAACGUGGCUCCUUGAAAGGCAGCUAGGCCUGGCAUUUCUAGGCCCAGCCGGUGUGGCAUUCAUCUCAACGACAGGGAUUUUGCUUAUGGCAAAGCACAUUGGAAAGGCCCAAAAGAUCUGGAUCCAGGGUAUCCAGACCCGUGUGAAUGUCACGGCCUCAACGCUUGCGUCAAUUAAGGAUGUCAAAAUGCUAGGUUUUACCGAUACUAUAUCUGGGAUUGUUCAGACACUAUGA